GAAACAAUUAUGUGCCGUGUGACUCAGAUGUGCAGGUCACUAUAAUACCUAUAUUAUCUAAACAUCAGAUCUCUAGCAGAGUGGGAGAAAAGUACUACAAUAAAACACUGAUGAUUCAACAUAGCCAGCAGUGUAUUAUUACUUCCCUUAUGGAAUGUUUUGGUGAAACACAAUAUUAAAUAUAUGACAACGACGAACACUAAUUUUCAGCUUACCAAAACUGUUUUUUGUGAGUAUUAAAAAUAAUAGUAAUUUAUAAAUAGGUAAAUAUAAUAAUUAUCACUGUAAGAAACAAAGAUUUAUUUGUUUUUAUUUUUUUCAUAAAUAUUAAAUAUUUAUCUUGGUUUUUUUUUAUAUCUACUUCUUCAUUGCUAAUAUAUUUAGUUAAAUAUUAUAUUUAAUUAUGUUUAUAAAACAUUAGUAUUAUUUAUUAGAAAAUCAUAGUUAAUUAGUGCAUAGGAUUAUUUAAUAUAACAUGGUAGGUACUAUAGUUAUAGUUUACAUAAUAAUAUUGAUUUUAUUUGCAUUUUUGUAUGUGUAUUACAAUAUAUCACGGAUAUUUUAAAUUCACCUGUUAAUUAAUUUAAAGAUUUCUACUUUAGAAUGUUUUAAUAUGUAGAUAUGUAGAUAUUAAAUAAUUAUUUAAUUGAAAAAUACUAAAGAAUAAAUUGUUUACUAUUUUAAUUUAUAUAAAUAUAAAAUAAAAAAUUAUAAAAUUCAAUAAUAACUUAUAAAAACAAUUUAUAUUUACCUUUUUUUUACUAUUUUUUUGUCUACCUAUGUAUUAUACUUUGUUCAGUCUGGUCUCACACAAUUAUGAAGGUUAAGUUUAAAUUUUUAGUUAAAUAAUAAUAUUUGUAUUUUUAAAUAUUUUUUAGUGUUCUGUUGGUAUAAGUAAGAAAAUUACACAAACAAAUUAAAAAAUUAAUGAAAAAAAAAUCAAUUUCUGAGAAUUUGGAGACUACUAAUUCUAAAUUAUUAUUUAGUUUCUGUAAUCUAUAAAUAAUUUAAUUUUGACCAUUUGAAAUUUAUAUUGUUGUAUAUUCUAUAUAAUUGUACAUAUUUGAUCUUUUUUUAAUAAAUAAAUAAAAACUAAAUAGGUACUGUUUUCAUAAAUAAUUGUAUAUGGUAUUAUAAUGUACUUUGAAAUUGAAUAAUUUGAAUAAAUAAUUACAUAUAAAAUAUUUGUUAAUUUAUAAAUUUUAAUUUUUUAGAAAAAAACAAUGGAAUUGUUUAAUAUUGUGCUUGUGCUGCUGGUGAGCAGCUGUUCACCAAAAUAUUUUGUUAACAGUCAUUCAUAUCAUUUUGGUCAAUGCCCAAGUCUUGAACCAAUGACUGAUUUUUCAAUGGAAAUGGUAAGUUAUAAAUAAUCAUAAUUUUAAAUAUUUAGAAUUUAAAAGUUCACCUGUGUGGCGUGUAUGUUUUAAUUGAAAGACAAACAAGAAAUCAUUUAAAAAGCCAUAGAAAUCUGAAAACUUUGUAUUAGUUUUAUUAUGUGUUUUUUUCUCUUUAUGAACAACUUAAAUACCAGGAAUCUUGCUUCAAUUUCCAACUAUCAAUAUAAGAGGUGAUUUCUGGUAAAAAUCUUGUCUAACUGAUACAUUGGAAAUUUAUUUAUUUUUUUUUUACUUUUUAUAUAGUUUUAAAAAUAAUUGGACAAAUACAAGGAAAACGUGAAUAUUUACAUGAUAACAGUUUCUGUUAAAUUUUAUUAUGGUUUUUAUUGUAAUUCAGUGAAAAAUAGUUGUAGAGAUUUGAAAUUGUUAUAGAAUAUUUUAUUUUUUUUAAUUUUAAUUUAAGAAAAAGGGGUAAAAUGGCAAAGGGUUUCUGGUAUUAAGUAUAUUUAUUCUAAAAUUAAUUAAAGACAACAACUUUAGACAGUCAAUAACGCCAGUCAACAAUUUAUGUAAACAAUUUUAUAGCAGGAGUUGUGAGUUGUGAUACCUAAAAAUAUACAAUUUAAAAGAAAUAAAGCAUAACAAAUUAUUUUGAGCUGAUUCUAGCACUAUGUUUUGCUUAAAUGUAUUAUUUAAGCAGACUAAUGGACAGUAUUCUAGGUUAAAACGAACUUAAAGGAAAUAAAGUAGUUUUAGUGGAACAGGAUCAGAAAAAAACCACAAAUAUGCUUAAUGAAACCUACAUUUCUCAGACCUUUAUUUUUUAUCAUUUCUGAGUGAAGAGAAAAAUUUGUUAUCAAAGAUUGUUCCCAGGUCUUUAAAAUCAGAGAUUAGUUCUAUUUUAGAACCAGAUAUAUAAUUUUGAUAGUUGAUUGGUUUUUUUUAUAUGGUAAAAAUGCAUAAACUUAGGAAAGUUUGGGAAAACCCAUUAGGAAGAUAGUUGAUAAAUAUAUUAAAGAGUAAAGUGGACAGGUGGUCUUCUUGGGGAACACUAGAAGGGACGUGGAACUGAGCAGAUUGAAAAUUAAGAUGUUUAACAAUUUGUAUAUGGUUAGAGAGAAAUUAUUGAAACCAAAGAAGUAAAGAUUCAGAAAAACUGAAGCAUUAUAAUUUCUUCACUAGCAUUUGAUGAUUAACUCGAUCGAAAGCCUUGGAAAAAUCAGUAUAAACAAUGUCUGUUUGUGUGUUUAGUUCAAAGAACUGAAUGAUUAUCUUUUUGACUUUGCUCCUUUUAUUUUACAAAUAAACAAUAUGUUUAUACAGAGUGUCCCACGGAGAUCUUUGUGGGAUACUCUAUAUUCUUAACUAUAACUAAUAAUAAUAAUAAUAUGUGAUGUUAUUUUAUUAUUAACUAUUUUACAAUAAAUAAUAUACUGAUAUAACUCAGAAUAUAGAAGUAGUGUAGGUUCCAAUUUUCACCAAUUGGACGAAAAAUCAAUGGAUACCUUCUUUAGGGCCUUCCUAAUCAUUAGGUGAAAACCAUAUUCAAAAAUUUGCAACUGUAUGAGAGUGUAUAGGGACAUCACAGACACUGACAAAUUCAUAAAGUAAUAUGUAACUACAUAAUAAUAUUUAUUUUCAAUUUUAACAAUCAAAUAACUUUUAGUUUGAAAUUUGUUGUAUAUGUAACAUAGUUGUAAAAAUUAUAAUACCAUUUGUCUGGACUUUGAUUUGUAAAAUGUUUUUACAACCUUACAUUGAGCUAAAAAAAUAAAAUACACCUAUAUAUUAAAAUGUCUUUUUUUUAACAACACGGUUUUAUCAAGUAUUACUAUUGAACAUAAAUCAUUAGAGCUUGAGUUCUAAAAAUUAUAUUCAAAAUAAAUGCUGUUGAAUUAAAAUGUUGACAUUCCUUUGUAUAUUUAAGAACAUGUUCAUUGAAGUACCUACUUUUCCUGACAUUUCAAACUGGUGGUUCACCUUUAAAAUUUGUUUUUUCUUGUAUAUAAAUGCAUGUAAACUUCUAAAUUUAAAGGUAACUCUAAAUAGUUUGAUGCAUGCAAUGGUUUUAAUGAUUUUAACAGAUAAUACCAAUAUAAGUAUAAUCCACUUUGAGGGAAGUGGCCAGUGGGGUAAAUCUGUAUAAUUGAUAUCAUAUUAUUUGGCUUUAGCUAUGAAUCAUACUAUAUUUUAGUAGUUUUAAUAAAAAAAAAUAACCUACUGCAGUGCCGUAAAAAAUCUAUGUAGAAAUAAGUUAUUACUUAACCGAUCUACUGAUAUAUGUAUUAUACAGGGUGAUCAAUCUAUUGUAAGACACUCAUUAUCUUGGAAAGUAUUAAUUUUUUCGUUAUUCAUUUUAUAGAACAUUUAAGAAACAAGCAGCUCUAUAAUUUUUGAUUUAUGUUAUUUUUGGGUGUAAAACCCAGUCUUGUUAAGAAUAAUUUUAAAAUGUAUUUAAAAUGGCAGUCCCUGCAGUGCCAAGUCAAUGAUAUUUAAAAUUAUUUGCUAUCUGCAUACCUUUUUUGACUAGUAAAAAAAUUAAUAAUUCAUUAAUAAUUAUCUAAUUAAUAUGAACUUACUAGAUAGGAGAGGGUAAGUUUUCGAAAAUUCAGUAUGUUGAGCUGUAUAGUGAUCAUUAAUAUUAUAACUUUUUGAAAUAUUUAUAAUUUUACAACAAAUUAAACACAAAGCAUCAGGUUUAUUAUCAGAAAUACAAAAAAAUUCCAUUUUCCAACUAUCUUAAAAUAUUUUGUGUUCUUCUAUUUUAAAUUGUUCCAUUAUAGACUAUUAGAAAUUAAAACCUUAAUUAAAAACAGAAAUAUAUUUUUUAAAAAAAUGUAAUAAAUUACAAAUUAACAAUAUAGACGAAACAAUGGAUGCGACAAGACUAUGCGGCAACACUAUGCUGCGUGAUGUAAAUAAAUAAUCAACGUGGGUUAAAUAAUAAUUUUUAAAUGCUUAUUGUACCUACAUAUCUGUCAAACCGACGAUUCAAUAAAAGUAGAAACGAUAAAAUAAACAAAAAUAAUAAGAUUAGAUUAAUAAAAGCAAGUAACAUAACAUUAUACCUAAAUCAAAGAAUACAUAUUUUAUUUUAUUUACAAUAGUAUUGAAUUUUAGAAUGUACAAUUUAGUUUUAGUGUAGCCUCACAAAAUUUGUUAAGGGCUGUGUAGUGGAAAUUGCUGAUCUAAAACCUUAGUGCCAUUUGUAUUCAAAAUCGUAUUUGAAACUUUCUUUUAAAAGUAUUUAAACAUACACACUGAUAUUUUUAAAAAUAUUCAAAAUACUUUAACAAAUACUUUUUUUUAAUUCAAUAAAUUGUAUAUUUGAAUAUCUAUAUGUUAUUUACAAAUUACAUCGAUUUAUAUAAUUUUUAAUAUAGGUUGUGCCGUUUGAAAAUCAAAAGUAGGUAGUCGUUUUACCACCUAAAAUAAGAGUGACAAGAAAUAAUAUAAAUGUAUAAUUGUAAAGCUGCUCGUUUCUUAAAUAUUUUAUAAAACAAAGGUAAUACCUUUCGAAAUAAUGAGCGUCUUACGAUAGAUUGAUCAUUCUGUAUAAGGAUAUACUUAUUAAUACAUAAUAUAUAAAAUAAAUUAAUAUAUUUUUAUAAAUUGUAAAAAUUGUUUAAUUACUUAAUUGAACUAUAUUUUUCAGUUUUUAGGAAAAUGGUAUGCUAUACAAAAAACAUCAACAUCAAGUCGAUGUCUUGAAUAUAAUUUUGAAAAAACAGAGGAGCCUUAUACAUAUAAAAUAGAACAAAUAAGUGAAAACUCAAUAAUUGGAGUUGCAAAAUCAAAUAAUUACCACUAUGUUGGCAGUUUAAAAGCUGAUAAUACCAUGCCUUCUAAAAUGAUAGCUGAUUUUCCAUUAAGUAAGUAAUUUGGUAAAUAAGUGUAAUAUAACUACUAAUUAUAUAAUUUCAUAUUAUAUAAAUACAAAAUUAAAAAAAUCGCCAAAUGAACUACAAAUUAAAUUUAGUAAUUGUUUAUCUAUGCACUGUAUAUACUUAAUUAUAUUUAAAAAUAUUCAGAUUUUAUCCAUUGAUCAAAUAAUAAAAUUAGUAUAUAUUUGUUUUUGGUUCAGGAUUUACAUUUGGGAAGCUUUAUAUUUAGUAUUUAGAUGCACUCACAUAAAAUAUUAAACUUUUUAUUUAUAAAUAUUUUAUAUUGCUGCUUUCAUCCAAUAAACAUAAUAAAAAAUAUUAAUAAAUACUUAUUUAUUGAUAUUUGUUUUUUAGCCAUACUUUUUAACAUUUUAACUAAUAAACAAUGUUUCAUUUAUAGGUAUAGCAGGUAAAUCAUCAUUUGUUGUAUUUUCUACAGACUAUAAACAAUACGGUGCAAUAUACUCUUGUCAAAAAAUACCUUUUGGUAAUAGACAUUCAGUUACAAUUUUAUCUAGAUCUAGAACCUUGGAUAAACCAUAUUUGGAUAAGGUUAGUUAAAUAUAUAAUUGAUUUAAAAUUAUUAAUGUAUGACAAUUUCUAAAUUAAAUCUAUAUAUAGUAAUUGUUUGUGCUGUUAUAGUCACAACUAGAUAAGUGAUAAAAAUAAAAAUAAUUAUUUAAUGUCCUUCAAUCCAUGACAAAUUUACAUUAAAAAAAGUUUUGAUUGAUAAGUAAAAUUAAUGAUUUCACAAUUACAGGAGUAUAUCUUAAAUCAUGGUAAUUAGUGAUGCUAAUUAUUUAUUUUUGUCUAACUAUAAUAACAAAUAAUAUUGUUAAGACAUGUUUAAUUAUAUGUCUAAAAUAUAUUUGUUUAAAUGUUAUAGGAAUAUUAUAAACCUCUCAUUUAAAUAAAGAAUUUUACAGAAUACAACGUAAAUAUACAAAUCAAUAAAACUAUAUUAAUGCCGUAAAUUAUUUGUUUUGUUAUAGGUGCGUAACCGUAUAGCAUCGAGCAACAUUAACCCGUUUGACUUAACUAUUAUUGAUCAGAACAACUGUUCAAAACUAAAUGAAACUAUGUAUGUGGAAAUCAACCAAAAAACGUUCAGCUCAAAAAACAUUGGACACACAGUGCGCAAAAUAGGAUCAAAAAUUGGGGAUGGAGUUGAAUAUGUAAUCGAAGGUGGCAAAAAGUUGUUGAAAAAAACAUCACUUGGAUCGGAAACGAGAGGCGUACCUGAUGCUGAAGCUGAAUGGAUGCCGUAGAUGUUAUAAUUUAUAAAGUUUAUUUUCUAUUAAUUAUACUUAGGACAUACUUUUGAGUAGGGUCUUGUUGUCAGAUCCACAAACAGACUCUUUUCAAUUAGCUUAUAAUUUUAUAAAUAAUAUAGUAAUAAUAAUAUAACAUUAUUAAUAUGAAAAACGUAAUUAAAUUAGUUAAGAAUAUUUUAGUGUCUUUAACUAGGGUACUGUGUGGUUCAAAAAAUAGUUUCUAAAAUGAUUACAGAAAUCCUACCUUACUAUGCCAUUUUAUAUAUUAAAUAUAUUUAUUAUAUUUGAUGUUAGUUAAUAAAAUAUUAAGGCACAUGAUAAUAAAAAAUAUGAUUUCAUGUUACUGGUUUAAUUAGUAUAGAAAAUAAAUUUAUACAUUAAAGUUAAGCUUUAUACUUUUUAUAAAUUCAAAAUUCAUGCCAUCUAAAAUAAAUAGUCUUUUUUUUUUUCUAUAAGUUAUUUUGUCAUUUUUUGAUUUUCAUUGACUACUUAAUAAUUGCAAUAAAACAUCAGAAAAUGGGUAUAUAAACACAAUAUCGGGGUUUCUGUUUAUUUUUAUUCUGUUUUGUUUGGUUUUAUUAAUUUAAAAACAUUUGAGAUUAUUUAAUACUACUUGUGAUAAUAUUUUCAAUAAAUAAUUUAAACAAAUUUAAACUUAGACUUAGUAGUGAGACAAUGUUGUAGUAGGGUGAGUAGUGAUUUAGGAUGACUAGAGUAAAAUUGAGGAGCGUGUCCAAAUUUGGAAUGUACAAAUCUUGAAACAAGGCUGGCGCUAAGAGUAUUGGCAUCCUUCACCCCCCCUUCCAAAAAAAAAAAA